AUGUGGAGUCUACAUCGGGUAGCCAGUGUGACGAGAGGGUUAGUUACAAUGGUCGUUGAGGUACCUAAGUUCCUCUUCUGUGUCAGGCAAAAUGCUCACGAACUCUCGCUCGGGUGGAUGUUUGUUUCGUCCGACAACGUGACUGGUAACACCGAUAUUGGAGCGCUUAACCCUUUCAGAUCAUGUGGUGAUUUGGAUAGCUCUCUGAGCACGAUCUCCAUCCAGCCCCCUGUAGUUGUCCUGGCUUCUAACGGCUCUCUGGCAGACACACUGGACACCAAAACGCUUGAGCAGUGCAGGCAGGUUUGGGAAUAUGACGGUGGCAUUACGGUGGCCCUGGUGAAAAGCCCAAUCUUUCGAUUGGUUUCCAUGCCCAUACACACAGGCACAGAGAGUACCGUCUCUAAAGGUAUUGCCAUGUCGUUUGUCCAGACACGAGACACGAGCACACUCACCACUACAGAGUCUGGCAGUAGCCAACAGCUCACUACUCACACAGACAUCACCCAUGACAAGACAAAGAACAUCACUUGCAUUCUUCUCACCAGAGGAGAACACACAAAGGUGUUCUUCACUGUCCCCUUGGUUCAGCGUAACACCCACACAACAGAAACAACAUACAGAACGGGCACUGACCACUCCAGCAGUCCGACACACUACUUUGAUACUACAGAGAAAGACUACACAUCUUCAGAACCGGUAGACCUGUUUACACUUGAGGGUAAUACCACACCUGGACCGGAUGUAGAGGUGGUUCAGACACCAGGUCAUGUUCUCAUCCCAGCUGUUGUCUCGACAGUGGUUGUUCUGGUCGUGUCGUCCCUUGCAGUGUUAAUAUGGAAGGUGUGCGCAGCAAGGUCAAACACCGAGGAUCAUGACAGGGACAACGACGAUGCACACAUUUGGACAAUCCCGCCUGGCGUUGCCUUCCCCGGCUUGCUGAGGUCUGCUUCUCUCCGCAGCUGCACGUCAGGCAAGAUGGCGUCGGAUGACGCAGUCUCCUGUAGGUCAUUGCCCGCUGUCCUGCACUCCAUCGAACCUAUUUACAGCGUGAUCCCAGAUGACGUAGCGACUGCACAGAGGCCUUUGCCCGGUCUCCCACACGUGUACUGUGAGAUCCCAGAUGACGCGAUCUCCGGUGUGGUCCGGUCAGCAUCCCUCCCUGCGUGUACUCCCGGGGGCGGUCCAGACGACGCGACAUCCUGUAGGUCAUUACCGUCCAUUGAACCCACCUACAGCCAGAUCCCAGAUCACAUGGCCGCUGCUCACCGCCCCCUGCCCGCCCUCCCGCACACUUCCUGGGAGAUCCCAGAUCACCACACUGCCACACAGCGUCCUCUGCCUGUCUCACAUCAUACCUACAGUGAGAUCCCAGAUGACGAGGAGAGCGGACCGAUGUCUUUCUAUGCUGAUGCUGGAGAGAUCUCGCUUCAUGUCGUCACAAACAGGCGACAGAACCGACGGUCUGGACGAUCCAUGGUCACAUAUGGGUCGACUGGACAGACCAACGGCCAGCGAAAUCCCUUCUACAGAAACGCCGCCGAGGUCGAAGGUAUAAGGUCCCGGCGACAGCAGAGGACAGCUUUGGCAUCUCAGCCUGCUGACCAAGGUGUGAGCAUGUACGUCAACGUCACAGAUGCAAUCCUGUCCAGAGGUGAAGACGUCACAAGAGCUCAUAUCGCUUUUCUCACACAGCCUAACACAUAUGGGUCAUGGGAGAUCCAAGGGGAAGGAAGCCGUAUUACACCACGGCGUGCAUCCCUCCCUACCGUCACACUACCUAACACCUACUGGCCAUGGGAGAUCCCAGGGGACGGAACGCAUUUCACACGACGACGUGUGUCUCUUCCCACCGUCACACUACCUAACACUUACUGGCCAUGGGAGAUCCCAGGGGAGGGAACACGUAACACAUCACGGCGUGCUUCCCUCCCCACCGUCACACUACCUAACACCUACUGGCCAUGGGAGAUCCCAGGUCAGGGAACCCGUAACACACCAAGGCGUGCGUCCCUCCCCACAGUCACACUACCUAACACCUACUGGCCAUGGGAGAUCCCAGGGGAGGGAACACGUAACACACCACGGCGUGCGCCCCUCCCCACCGUCACACUACCUAACACCUACUGGCCUUGGGAGCUCCCCGAGGACGGAACCCAUUUCACACGACGACGUGUGUCUCUUCCCACCGUCACACUACCUAACACCUACUGGCCAUGGGAGAUCCAAGGGGAGGGAAGCCGUAUCACACCACGGCGUGUGUCCCUCCCCACCGUCACACUACCUAACACCUACUGGCCAUGGGAGCUCCCAGGGGAGGGAACACGUAACACAUCACGGCGUGCGUCCCUUCCCACCGUCACACUACCUAACACCUACUGGCCCUGGGAGAUCCCAGGGGAGGGAACGUAUUUCACACGACAACGUGUGUCUCUUCCCACAGUCACACUACCUAACACCUACUGGCCGUGGGAGAUCCCAGGGGAGGGAACCGAAAACACAGUACGGCGUUCGUCCAUUCACCUCACACUACCUAACACCUACUGGCCAUGGGAGAUCCCAGGGGAGGGAACCCAAAACACAGCACAGCGUUCGUCCAUUCACCUCACACUACCUAACACCUACUGGCCAUGGGAGAUCCCAGGGGAGGGAACCAACUUCACUUAA